AUGUGGGGCAUUGGCUGGCUGGCCAUAUCCCCUAACUACGGAGAGUGCGUACUUCGCCACCAACACCAGCCUCAGGCUCUCCGUCAUCAAAAGUGGGACUUCUGGAACAACGACCUCAGACUCGAACCCAGGACCGUACGUCGACAGACAUCACACACUGUCUUCCCAUCCCAUCCCAACAUCCAGCUACAUCAAACACUCGACCCGGCCUCGACCUCCCUCGCCCACGACGACAACAAACUCGCCAGCAGCAGCUGCAGCCGUGCCCCCGGUUGCCUGCUGCCUCUUAUAACAGAAACCACGGACCACGUCCUGUACCCGUCUGCCAUCCCCUCCCCGGGCCACCCCGCCGGCCAAGCCGUGCCGAACCCUCCCAUCACCGUCUCCCACCCUGCCAUCCUGACGCCCGCCUCCUCCUCCGCCAUCACGCCCAUCCACUCGCCCGCGCUGGCUUCCGUGCCCUCCGUCAACGGCCCCCAAGCUUGGGGCUUGACCGCGCAAGGCCAAGUCAACCCGCAGGCGCCGGCGCCGCCGGCGGCAGUGCAGCCACACCACCAACAGCAGCAGCAGCAGCCACACACCUCGUCGUCCUCCGCCAUGAUGCCCAACGGGACCCCGACGCGCAACAACGCCGCCGCGCCAUCCGCGUCCUCCACCCCGGCCGGCGCCCCCAUCUCGGGCUCCCCCGCGACGCACGCCCUGGCGCCGCCCCCCGAGGGCGUGUUCGGCACCUUUGACGACCUCCUGAACACGGUGCAGCGCGCGGCUAAGGACAGCGGCUACGGCGUCGUCAAGCUGCGGGCGUCCAACUACCGCGACGGCAAGGCCACGCGGUACGACCUCGUCUGCGACCGCGGCGGCGUCAAGUACAGCAGCACGGCCAAGAAGCGCACGCCCUCGACGCGCAAGGUCGACUGCCCCUUCCGCGCCAAGGCCGUCUGCGAGGUGCAGCUGGGCAACAAGUGGCGCUUCGUCGUGCAGGACGGCCGCCACAACCACGAGGCGCGCGUGCCCGCCGCCGCGCCCGGCCAGGAGAACACGCCGCUGGCCCAGAGCCUGCGCAGCCUGACCAACAAGAUCGACCGCAUGAGCCACGACAUGUCCCAGGGGUUCGAGAAGCUCGACAACCGCUUCGGCAACCUCGAGAAGCGCAUGGACGCCCUCGACGCCGUCAUGUCGGCCCGCCUCGGCCUCGCCGGCAUGGGCGCGCCGCCUCCCGGCAUGCCCAACGGCGUCGGCGGGCCCGGACCGGGCGGCAUGCCCGGCGACCCCUCGGGCGUGAUGGACAGCCGGCUCAACGGCAUGGAGGCGCGCAUGUCUGCCAUGGAGCAGCGCAUGGGCAGCGGCAUGAACGGCAUGGAGAUGCCCAUGGACGAUGUCGAGACGAGGUUGCUCUCUUCUACCGUCAUGUAG